AUGGAGCGGCGCGGUGAGUGGGUCGCUUUGCUGCGCUCCACGUUGCCGCAGUUUACCGAGCGUUCUGCCGCACCGCUGGAACGCAGGCAUGCCGCUGCCGUUCUCGGCCCUGCACCCCGACGCACUCUCGACGAAGCCGCGAGCUCUCUCACUGCUCCAUGCUCUUUGCUGUUGCCAUACAAGUGGCGCGAGGAGGCAACGCAGCAGCUCAUCACCACGCUGCACGGCAUUGUCCCGCCGCCGCAGGUGAAACAAACAGAUUACUUUCUCUGCUCCCUCAUACACCCCUCUUAUGUGCAGGCGGACACGAUGCGCUGUCAGAGUGACUCGGUGCAACGAAGGGCUCAGCAAGAGCUUCGCCGCAGUGUGUGCAUGCCACUGGAGUUGACGAUGACUGGGUGCAAGAGUCUUCGACUUCUGCGUGAGUUGACCCACUACGUGAAACAAGGGGCAGCAGCUGCAGCCGCGUCUGCAAGAACGGCAUCAACCCUUCCAGUUGCGCAGGUAGGUGAAAAAAGCGAGGCGCGGGGUCCGUCAAAGGGGCCAUCGUCAAGGUUAUCUUACCCACUCGAUGCCUCGUGGCCAGAGCUGAACAGCGCUGAUACAACUGCAUUUCUGCAAGCGUUCCGGCAGGCAGGACUGGAGUCCCUUGUGCUUUACGACAGGAGCUUUUUCGCUGCCUCUUCGACCUGCACGGGCGCGGAUGGCGCCGUACCCGGCGAGGUCUCCUUGGCUGCCUUUACCGCACUAUGCGGCAGCAUUGAGCUCGUCUCCGGAUGGUCCAGCUUGUUGCAGUUUGUGGACCGCGUGGCACGUGAGCAGCAUGGCCUUCGAACUCAAUGCGGAUGA